UAUUCCUUUUAAAAGAAAAAACCGCAAAUCUCUACUUCUGUUGGCUGUUAGGCUUUGUUGUUGUUGUGAUUUUGGGAUUUUCCUAAUUUCGGUGGAAAAUGCCAUGACAACACCAUGGACAUUUCCGAAUUUGUCAUUGGAUCCCUUCUGGGAGAGGGUAAGUUCGGGAGAACAUACAAGGCUCGCAGGAAAAAUGAAAAAAAGAAGAUUGUUUUGAAACGUAUCGAAACCACCUGUCAAAUCAACAAAAAGGCUGUCAGCCAAGAAAUCGCUAUUCAAGGCUUAAUUGAAGAUAAUAGCCACCUUGUGAAGCUCUUGGGACAUUUUGUCGACAAAUCAGGCAUCGUUUGUCUCCUGAUGGAGUACUGCAAAGAAAGAGAUUUGGAACUGCUUAUUAAGAGAGCUGGAAUGAGAAAGACUAACAUUGAAGACGAAUUUAUCUGUAAAGCUAUAAAAGAAUUGUGUUUGGCGCUACUGUACCUGGAGGAGAGAGAGAUUCUGCACCACAACGUGAAGCCGUCCAGCGUGUACCUUACCUCAGAAUUCACCGUUAAACUAGGCGACUUUCGUCACGCUCAUUAUUUCCUCACACCUGCCCUUGUACCUGCCGAUGUUUCAGCUUACUCUCCACCGGAAGUUGUUUUGUGCCAACCUGUUACGUUCAAAGGGGACGUUUGGUCUGUCGGAUGCGUCGCCUACGCGCUGCACCAACUGCGUCCUCCAUUCUGCGGCCUUGGAGAGGAGCUGAGGAAGAAUAUUUGCGGGCGAAGCAUUCAAAUUGCAACGACUCGGGACAACUGCCAGCCGCUCUUCGACUUCAUUGGCCCGAUGAUGGCGACCAACUGCUUUUUCCGGCCGACCUUCAAGGAAAUCCUGCAGCACCCGCUCAUGCAACAGGUCAGCAACCACGUCCGUCCGUUCAAACCGGUUGAGGAAUUGGCCAAAGGGCCUGUUCGGGUUGGUUCGAGCGGAACCGACUCGAGCGAAGGCUUGCGGACCACCGUCAAGCUGGAUCCAAAUACAGUGCGUCGGCCGUCAAAUUUUCCCGCGCCUCCGAGAAAAGUUCGCUUCGUGAAAGAGAAAUCGGCCGACGAAUUUAAGUGGUACGAAAUCGAGCCGAAGCAGAAUGUGGCGGCCGGCAGGAGCUGCCUCAAAGCAGGGUCCAGUAAGGAGUUCAGUGAAAACUCCGAGAGGGGAAGUUACACGAAAGAAGACCUGGAAAAGGCGGUGGCCGAGAAACUGGCGAUCAGGAAGUUCACCAUGAAGUACUUGCGGAAGACGGGCAAGGAGAAUUACAUCGUUCAGCACACGAAAUUGUAGAAGACUGGCGUGAAAAAUGCUUAAGAUAUUUUAUACAGUGAUUCAAAUUAUAGUUGCCAUGCUUUAAAGCUACACAAAUAUCACAAAUAUAUAGAUUUACACCGUUGAAAAUAAAACCGACGCAGUCGCAUUGAGAGUUAA